AUGCAACGGAUCCCCCUCAAUUUCGGAGCCUUUCUGUGGGAUAUCUCCAACCAUCCCUUUUGUCCCCAUAUCAGAAGAAGAAACAGUUUACGAACACUUCCAUUCUGGAACUUUCUAUGGCUGAUGUUCACUGUAGUGAUGUUUCCCCGCUGUGCGCAGUGUCAGGUCUUUAAAGUGGGCAUCGUCGGGCCCUGGAACUGUGACCCCAUCUAUGCAAAAGCCCUACCGGGCCUAGCAGCUAAGCUUGCAGUGAGCAGGAUAAAGAAGGACCUCAGCCUAGAUUUAGGGUGUGACCUGGACUCCGUGAUCCUCCAGGAGCCGUGUGAGACCGCGAAAGCGCUGACGGCGUUCGUACAGUACGACGGCGUCGUCCACGCAUUUGCAGGGCCCACCAGCCCUGGCUAUUGUGAUUCAGCCGCACUUUUGGGAAAACACUGGAACAAGGCCAUAUUUUCUUGGGCUUGCCUUAAUUACGAGCUGGACCGGCUCCAGGUUUUCCCGACGUUUGCUCGGACUUUGCCGUCACCCGGCCGGGUUCUUUUCGCCGUCCUGAAGCACUUCGGUUGGGCCAACGUGGGAAUCGUCUCAGCCAUGGACGACAUGUGGGUGGACACUGCCAGCAAACUGGCCAGCUCUUUUAGAAGCCGGGGGCUACCUGUCGGGAUAGUUUCCGCAGUCGGCAACAACUCCACCGAGACUGAAGUGACCCUGAGAAAAAUCCAAGCAGCCGGAGCGAUCAAAGUUGUUGUCAUGUGCAUGCACUCGGUGUUGAUUGGCGGCGAGCAGCAAGCCUCGUUCUUGCUGAAGGCCCACGAGAUGGGUCUCACGAGGGGGAGGUACGUCUUUGUGCCGUACGACACCCUGCUGUACAGCCUCCCCUAUGGCAACACCUCGUACGCGCCGCUGCAGAACAGCACCAAGCUGCGCGAGGCCUACGGAGCGGUGCUAACGGUCACCGUAGCGUCCGAGCUAACGUCCUUCAACGAGGCGCUCCUGGCGGCCAGCCGCCUGGGCCAGAUCGCCCUGUCACAGCAGCCUCAGCAGGUUUCCCCAUUUUUCGGAACAAUCUACAACAGUAUUUACCACAUUGCCAAAGUCAUGCACAAUGUCCGGAAAGCAGGGGAGUGGCUGUCCGGAACCAGCCUGGCCUUCUUCUCUAGGAAUAUUACAUUCACGGGCUUCAACCAGUACAUUCAGAUAGACAGCGAUGGAGAUGGGGUCACCAGCUACGUGGUCCUGGAUACGGAUGGGCAGAGCACUGAGCUCUACUCCACCUACCUGGUGGACCUGCGGGGAAACAUGCUGACCUUUACUGGCAGAGCCAUCAACUUCCCAGGAGGCUCCCCACCGUCUAAAGACUCCAGCUGCUGGUUUAACCCAGAUGCCAUCUGCACAGCAGGUGUGGAUCUGACUUACGUCAUCGUGGUCUCUGUGGUUGUCUUCAUUCUAGCCAUUGGCGGCAUGGGUUUAUCUUUAUUUAUAAGGAGACGAAUACAGCAGAUUCAGCUGGUGAAAGGGCCCAAUCGAAUUCUCCUGACAAUAGAGGACCUUACCUUCAUCAACCCUCAACUCAGCAGCAAGAAAGUAACACUAGAGGAUCUCAGUGACUCGAAGAGUGUGAUGGAGAGCAUGAAGUCGGGAGACAGGUCGCAUUCCGUACAGAGCACGACAGCAGCAACUCACGAAACAACCAAUGUCGCCGUCUACGAGGGUGACUGGGUCUGGCUGAAAAAGUUUGAGGAGGGACAGUUCAAGGAAGUCAAGACCAGCACAACAAAGAUCUUCAGAAAGAUGAAGGAUCUCCGCAAUGAGAACGUUAACCCAUUUCUGGGCUUCUUCGCGGACUGCAGCAUGUUUGCCGUAGUGACAGAGCACUGUUCCCGAGGGAGUCUGCAGGACCUCCUUCGUAAUGAUGACGUCAAGCUGGACUGGAUGUUCAAAUCCUCUCUCCUCUUGGAUCUCAUUAAGGGCAUGAAGUACCUGCACCAUAGAGAGUUUGUCCAUGGGAGGCUGAAAUCGCGAAACUGCGUGGUGGACGGACGUUUUGUGCUGAAAAUUACAGAUUAUGGAUAUAAUGAGCUCCUGGAGUCCCAAAAGGCCCCAAGGAAGGAGCCUGCAGCUGAAGAUCUAUUUUGGACUGCUCCGGAGCUCCUUAGAGACCUGGAAAUGUCUCGGAAGGGGACGUACAAAGGGGAUGUAUAUGCCUUUUCCAUAAUCCUCCAGGAAGUUGUUGUUCGAGGAGGUCCUUACUGCAUGUUAGGCCUGAGCCCAGAAGAGAUCAUUAGGAAGGUGAAGAAACCACCCCCAAUGUGUCGGCCGACCGUGUCCCCUGACCAGGCGCCGCUGGAGUGCAUCCAGCUAAUGAAGCAGUGCUGGAGUGAGCAGCCUGACCGGAGGCCAGCAUUUGAAGAAAUCUUCAACCAGUUCAAGAUAAUUAAUAAGGGCAAGAAGACCAACAUCAUUGACUCUAUGCUGCGUAUGCUGGAGCAGUACUCCAGCAACCUGGAGGACUUGAUCAGGGAGAGGACUGAGGAACUGGAGGUGGAGAAACAUAGGACUGAGAAGCUUCUUGCUGAGAUGCUACCACCAUCUGUUGCAGAAGCUUUGAAGACAGGGGGCACUGUGGAGCCUGAGUACUUUGACCAGGUCACCAUUUACUUCAGCGACAUUGUGGGCUUUACCACUAUUUCAUCCCUCAGCGACCCAAUUGAGGUGGUUGACCUCCUCAAUGACUUAUACACUCUGUUUGAUGCUGUGCUGUCCAACCAUGACGUCUACAAGGUGGAGACCAUCGGCGAUGCUUACAUGGUGGCCUCAGGUCUGCCGAAGAAGAACGGCAACAAGCAUGCAGCAGAGAUCGCUAACAUGUCCCUGAACAUCCUGAGCUCUGUGGGCUCCUUCAAGAUGCGCCACAUGCCCGAGGUGCCCGUCAGGAUACGCAUCGGCAUCCACUCAGGUCCCUGCGUAGCCGGCGUGGUGGGCUUGACCAUGCCUCGAUACUGCCUCUUUGGGGACACCGUCAACACCGCCUCUCGUAUGGAAUCCACCAGCUUGCCUUACAGAAUCCACGUAAAUAUAAGCACAGUGAAUAUUCUGCAGACUCUGAACGAGGGCUACAAGACAGAGCUCAGGGGGAAAACAGAGCUGAAGGGCAAAGGCAUUGAAGAGACAUACUGGCUUGUGGGAAAAUCCAGCUUCUCAAAACCACUGCCAAAGCCACCAGAAAUAAAACCAGGGGACAACUGGCAGGAAAUGGUGACGGAGGAAAUCAAAUCCCUGUUCCGGAAGGCCAACCGGCAAGUGGACAAGCCCAAAAUUUGAGAAGGAGGAGCAGGGGGAAGGUGGAAAGCAGGAGGGCAGGUGACCAUGGCAUGCGGGAAGAGGACAGCUUACAACUGAGCGUUUUAAUAGGAUUGGCUAUCUUCUCUCUAAUUAUGUCAUAGCCUGCACUGCUAAAACGGCAGGGUAAUUAUUUUUAAAAUAAAACAGCCAGAUUGUUUUAAAUGUGAUAUAGGCAGAAAGCAUACACUUGUCCUUUUUAAGUUCAACUUGAGAAGUCUGUAUAUGUUGUACAAAAUUAGGUUCAUUCGGCCACCAUGUGGCCCAUAUUUUUAGUAAAAAACAAAUCUGGUAUAGUUUCUUAGUCCUCAACAUACCUAUUUAGUAGUAAAGUACAUUUUUAUUUUUAAAAGUUAUGGUGAGAUUCCUUUAAUCCUAGGUUCCAUUUCAUGAAUUACAUGCUACUUUCAGGUGGUAAAUUCACAUCCAGACGAAACCAGUCUCUGAAAGAAACCUUUUUCGUUUAAUGCACAAUGAACUAUUUAUUACUUUGAGAAACUAAACAUACAGGCAUAAGUAUGUCCCAAAAAAGUUUAGUCUAAAAAGCUAAUUUCCUUUAAAAACAGCAACUUUUUGAAGUCAUUUAAACCAGUGGGCAGGGGGGCAGGAAGAGGUUGCACAAGGGAGGGAUAAAAAAAAAUGCCAUCUGCUCCCUGAGAUUGUGUUCCUCCCUGGGGAGGACACCAUGCGAGAUUAGCUGCAGGGGCUGGUUAUUUCAUUAGCUAAUUAGGUUUAUGUAAACAGACAGUAUACUACAAUUAUGAAAAGAACUGAUUAACAGAGGAAUUGAAAGCAUAUUACACUUCCAUUAACUUUUACACCCCCCCCCCCCUCCUGGAUUUUCACCUGAAUUCAGGUGUUUUUAAAUUUUUGUCACACUCAGUCUUUCUGUCUAUAUGGGAUACUGGUUAAUUGGCGCCAAUCAGUAAGACCUGCGCCAAUUAUGGAAGGGCGAUGCGUCUCUUACUGAGGCUGCACUGCCUUUCAACGGCAGCAGAAGUCUAGGUUUGUCACACGACCCACUGGCACUGCAGUCUGAGACACUGUUCACUGGCUGUACCACUCAGGGUUCCUAGAAAACCGUCUCACUUUCCAUGUAGCUUAUUUUUCUUAAUUAAUUCACGGAUACUUAUGCGGGUGAAUGUUUUCUGUUUACUUUAGAGUGGCUUGGGCUUCGAUGAAGGUAAUUCUAAGACUCUGUGACGAGCCUUUCCUGAAAAUACUUUUGAGAAAAUUGAUUAAUUAACGUUAAUACUACCUUUUUGUGUUUAAUAUUGAAAACAGCUUAUCGUGCUGUAAACUGGAAACACAACAGCCGAUGAGAGUGGCAUUACUAAAGUCUGCUGGAUUUAACAUGAAUGGAUAUAGUAAGCUUGUACAGAUACUGAGCAAAUGAGUGCCUUAUCAAGAAUUUUAGCACAAAAAAAUAGCAUAAUGAAUUUGCUCUGGUGGAUAAUGUUUUUAAAAUUAGUUCCUGACAGGAAAGGUAAUGCUUAAAAAAAUGUAGAUGUCACUAAUCCAAGUAAAGACCAAAUAAACCUGGUUAUUUAAUUGAAUGAAAAACAUUGUCUAAAUGAUAUUGAAAAGUAAUGAUGCAUAUAUGCUGGUAUAUAUGUGUGUGUCAUUAUUAUUCUUUUCUGACUGCUUAUUAUUGUUUUGUUCAAUUGUUUAUUUUACCAAAUUUCUGGAUAGUGAGGCUGGAAACUAUUUAAAGCAGGAUUCCCCAAUUCCGGUCCUUCAGGCCGAGUCUACAGCACAGUUUGCAGAAUUCCCUGCUCAGACACACCUCAUUCAUCUCACCAGCCAAUCGGCAGGCGUAGUGGGCGUGUCUAAGCAGGGGAAUCUGCAAACUGUGUUACAGACUCACCCUCCAGGACCGGAAUUUAGGGAACCCUGCUUUAAAACGCCUUCGUUCCCAUUUGGAGUACUGUGCAGCUUCAAAUGUAAAUGCUAAAGCACAGAUGCUGAAUUGUCCCUUCCUGUCGAGUACUGAAGGAAUGGGAAGUGGAAUUUUGAGCUACCUCUUAUUAACUUAAUGAUAAUACAAAAAAUAAGCUAAUAAAACAGGUCACCAAACUCAAAUUGUAUGAUGUUAAAUGAGGCAUAAAUUUUGCCACAGAAUCACUGUGUCAUUGGCAAAUCUCUCCGUAAAGGACAUAAAAUUCGGUGUCUUAGUGUGAUACUCUAGCGUGUAACAUGUUACAGCGUUAAUGUCAAUCUCAGUGCAUUUGUGAAAUAUCGACCAGCCCAUCAAGGAUGGAAUAGAGUUUCUCAGGAAGUGCAAGACAAUUCUGUGAAACAUUUUUCCAGCUUGUUGCCUGUUUUUGAACAAUACAUUUUUCCUAUAACAUUUUAUAAACACCAGUACCUUUCCAUAAAACCAGGAUUCAUUGCAUAAAGUUAAAUUAAGACCAAAUAAAAUCUUCUAUUUUUAAUACAAUACUCCCUGUUAUUUCAAUAAUACGAAAAAUUCACACGAGAUCACAAUUACUUUGCAGUUUAAUUUCCUAAACUGAUAAAUGCUGUGGA